AUGGUUAUCCAUAAGUUUGGCCAAUUGAUGCUUAGAUAUCAUCAUAAUAGUGACUAUUUGACAAUAAAUGAGAUCUGGAAUAAUGUCAAACAUGUGGACAAUCAGCUGAAAAGUUUGUCGAAAAUUGAUGACAAUGUUGUUGCCAACAAAUCUCGUUUUAUAUCAGCUCAACAAAUGUUAUCAAUUGAUAACAUUACUAUCAAUAAGAAACAAUGCAAUCAAUUGUAUGGAAAGGAUCUGCUAUUAGUCGUAAUGGUGUUCACGAGAGUCAACGCCUUUUCAAGACGUAAGACAAUCCGAGAGACUUGGGCUCAGGACAUGAGGUCAGACAACAGAACUCGUGUGUACUUCGCUAUAGCUCACGACGAAAAACAGGAGAUCCAGGAAAAAGUCAUACUUGAAGACAAUGAGUUCAAUGAUAUAAUACAAUUUGGUUAUAAUGAAGAUUACUUUAAAUGUACAAUUAAGUCAAUAGGAUUGUUGCGAUGGACAGCCAUUAAUUGUCCGUUUGUCAAGUAUAUGAUGAAAUUAGAUGACGACUCCUUUAUUAUCAGUGAUAAUUUGAUGAAAUAUGUUGAGACCAGUUAUGGUAACUCUAUUAUCGGUCAUUUAUGGACCAAUGUUAUGGUCAAACGUAAUCCACUUAGCAAAUGGUAUCUGAGUUAUGAAGAGACACCUAACAGUAGAUUUCCCGAUUUCAUUGGUGGUCCCAGUUUGAUACCCGGUUGCUAUUGUCUUGCUUUGUAUGAGACAACAAUUACACAGUUUAUGCCGGCCCUACCAUUUGAAGAYGUACUCAUUACUGGACUGGUGGCCAACCAUUUAAACAUUAAAAGAGAAGAUCUAAUAUCUGAACUAUUUAUUGGACCGGAAUAUGACGUCAAUAGUGUAGAUAUUUGUCAAUAUCAACAAAUGGCAGUAAUUUGGCAGCGAUUGACUGAUAAAAUCAUCAGAAGAUUCUGGCAAAUUUCACGUAAUUUCUUAUUUAACUGUUACUACAGUGUAAUAUAAACAUAUGGUUAUAUAUAUUUUAAUUGAUUUUUAAUUUUUAGUAAAUGAAAAAACUAAUAUUUAAAAACAAUCU